AUGGAAUCACACCCACUGAAUCAGGCGCAUCAGCAGCAUCGACGUGCUGAAGCGCUUCUAAUAAAUAAUAGAUACGACGAAGCAAUGCAGUGCCACCACAAUGCAGCCGAAUUAUUACUAGACGCCAUGAAAUCGACAACUUCAUCAGCGGCCUUAGAAUCAAUUAGCCUUCAACAUAGUUACCAUUUGAAGCAGAAGGAUCUUAUAAAGAGCAAAAAAGAACAAUAUGCACGAGUCAAGAAAGCAAUGGAAAAUAUAAAACUAUUAAGCAAAGAUCCGCAUCUCAACCUUAAAAGCAAUGAAUAUACUAAAUUGCAAAUUGCUAUUUAUAGAGCUAUAAAUGAAUCUGAAGCUUUACUGAACAAGAUGUCAAAUGAAGACAUAUAUUCAGAAACAAGGCUACCUCAAGAUAUUGUUCCCAGAGGUGAUGUCACAGAUGGAAAGAAAACUGAAAAAACUCAACAGACAGUUGUAGAAGAACUUCAAAUUCUUAGUCAAAAUUUGCAUUCACUUGUUGAGCAAUUGGUCUUACAAGUUGAAGUUCUGAAAGAUGAAAAUGUUACUCUGAAAGAAAGAGUGAACUAUUUGGAAAAGGAAAGAGUAAAAUACCUUAAUUUACCUUCAUCUUAUUCCGGUAACCAGCAAAGUAAUUUUGGUUCAAUGUUUGUACCUAAAGAUUUGAGUACAGUUACUGGUGACAAAGAUUCAACAGGCUUCAUUAAGCCUUUAAACACGAUGGUACUUGAGAGAACAAGUCAGCAGUCACAUUUUGACUUAAGUGCCUUUAAGGACAGU